UCACCGCUCCGAUGGCGGCUGCAAUGGCGUUCGCCGCCUUCCACCCUUUCCCUACCCUCCGCCGUUUUCCCUUUCUCCGCCGCAUCUCCGCCGCCACUGAGUUCAACAUCUCGUUCGGCGCCGCCCCCUCACCCGACUUUAAGGAGGCGGUUCCUAAAACCCUAGUGCCGGACCCUUCCUCUCCGGACCCCUCCGCCGCACCCAUCCCCAUCCUCAUUCCGUGGAUUGUUCGCGGCGAGGAUGGCCAGCUCACUCUCCAGUCCACCCCUCCCGCCCGAUUCCUCCAGGCCAUGGCCGAAGCUAAGAUGGCGAAGAAGGAGAAGAAGAAGGUCGACAAGAAGAAGCCGUCGGGAGCGACAGCGACGGCUCCGUCUUCUCUCGCUUCGACCACAUCGGCUCCCAAGUACUCCAAGGCCGCGAGAAGGUUUUACAAUCAGAACAUUCGGGAGCAGCCGCAGCGGCUCAGUAAAGUCCUCGCUGCUGCUGGAGUGGCAUCAAGGCGGAGUUGCGAAGAAUUGAUUUUUGAAGGGAAAGUGACAGUCAAUGGGUCAGUUUGUACUUCUCCACAGACCCGGGUUGACCUUGCGAAGGAUUCAAUAUAUGUUAAUGGGAAUCGCCUGUCUAAGAAGCUACCUCCUAAGUUGUACUUUGCACUUAACAAACCAAAAGGGUAUAUUUGCUCAGGUGCUGAGGAUUCUAAAUCCGUUGUCUCCCUCUUUGGUGAUUUUUUGAAGAGCUGGAGUAAAUCAAAUCCAGGGCUCCCAAAGCCACGACUAUUCACUGUUGGUCGCCUGGAUGUUGCAACAACUGGCUUGAUUAUUGUUACUAAUGAUGGUGAUUUUGCUCAGAGAAUUUCUCAUCCCUCAUCUGAAUUAAGAAAAGAAUAUAUAGCAACUGUAGAUGGUAAGAUCAAUAGACGACACCUCGGAGCUCUAAGUGAGGGCACCGAGGUUGAAGGUGUCCACUGCAUUCCUGAUCUUGUGGAACUACUGGCAAAUCAGCCUGAUGCGUCAAGGCCUAGACUUCGAAUAGUGGUUCAUGAUGGGAGGAAUCAUGAAGUACGUGAACUUGUGAAAAAUGCAGGAUUGCAGCUUUAUUCAUUGAAGCGAGUAGGCAUAGGUGGAUUCAGGCUCCCAUCAGAUCUUGGGCUUGGAAAGUAUGUUGAACUUAAACAAGCUGACUUCAAGUUGUUGGAAGGGAACGCUCAAAAGAACACUUGAGUUGUGUGAAGGGUUCAGUAGUGAUAUUGCUUAUGCUCCCAGAACAAGCAUCGUAUAUGAACAUGUGAUCUUCAUGUAGCAUCCUUGAUCCAAUUAGGCAUCACAUUGAAAUCAUUUGCUGGCAAGCACUGUGCAACUUCAAUGGUAACUGAUGAACUUCUGAAAAGGAUGGAGAAAAGAUCCAGCUUAAACAGAUGAGAUAUACUUAUUGCUAACUACAUGAAGCUAGUUGGAAGAGAGAUAGGUUCAUUGUAAUCCUGUUCUAUAUGUCAAUGUCUAAAUGGCACAUUGCUGUAUGUAUAGUGUCUUUGCACAUUAAUUGUCUUGUGCCUUUUCAUCUUAGUUGUUUGUUUUCUUCAUUCAA